AUGAGUAUAGACGACAAUUCUGAGUCGAUGACUCGCAAGAGGCGUAAUGCCUUCCGUCUCAGAAAUCGAGUUCUCAUUCUAAUGACUGAAUUCAAAAGUGUCAUCUUAGAUCCCGAGGAUCUGAAGAAUUUUCGGGUGAAAAUCACGCGUCUAGAUCUCCUCGCUCAGGAAAACGCGGUGGCUGGCCAGCAACAAUUUUUUACUCCAUAA